GUGCAUUUGUAAGUGUGCGUGCGGGAGCCGAGAGAGCAGGACGUGUGCACUGUGCAUCUGUCGGCAACGGGGCCUCCGACGGACGCAGCCGAGACUCUGCCGCCCGGGAUCGCCGCCGAGUUCGGGAGAGACGCCGGGCACGUGGCUGUACGAGCGAGAGUUGGAGGCGAGAGUAGCGGGCGAGAGUAGCGACCGAGAGUCCAAGGUCCACGGUGGGCCUCGAGUAGGUCUGUUUGUCUAGCGUGCGAUGGAGGAGGCCGAGGACAAGGCGUCACUAUAGGCGUCGACCAUCCCCAACGGCACCAUGAGCCACACCACGGUCAGGGGCCCCUUCGCCCCUGACACGGAGGUGGUGGCCAGCUAUGCGUUCUCGGGCACUUCGCCAGAGGACCUACCCUUCUCCAAGCUGGAGCGCCUAACCAUCGUCCGAGCAACCAACGACGUCAACUGGGUCAAGGCCAGGAACCGCGACGGCAUGGAGGGCAUGAUUCCCACCUCGUACGUCACGGAAUGCAGGAAGGAGGUCAAGCUCAAUACUAUGGCAUGGUUCCACGGCAAGAUCAGCCGUGAGGAAGCCGAGAACCUGCUGACGCCGCGCGAGGACGGCCUCUUCCUGGUGCGCGAGUCCACCAACUUCCCCGGGGACUACACCCUCUGCGUCUGCUUCGAGCAGAAGGUUGAGCACUAUAGAGUAAUAUAUAAGGACAACAAAUUGACUAUUGAUGAGGAGGAAUUCUUCGACCAUCUCACUAAACUGGUUGAGCACUAUGAACAAGACGCCGAUGGCCUGUGCACGCAGCUCAAGCGCUCAGUCCCCAAGCAAGGGAGACGGGAAUAUGCGGUGGAUCCCGAGAAGGCCUUCAAGGCGGCUGGCUGGUCCAUAAACAGACAGGACCUUAAGCUUUUAGACUCCAUAGGCAAGGGUGAAUUUGGCGAUGUCCUCCUGGGAGAGUGGCAGGGGCAGAAGGUGGCUGUGAAGAGACUGAAGGACAGUAGCAGAACGGCGCAGGGCAUCCUAGAAGAGGCCUCCCUCAUGACGAGUCUGAAGCACAACAACCUAGUGAACCUCUUAGGACUGGUGUUUGAGGACUCUUGCAUCCUGCUGGUGACAGAGUUCAUGAGCAAAGGAUCCCUCGUGGAUUACCUGCGUUCCAGGGGCAGGUUUCAUGUUUCCAAAAGAGAUCAGAUAAAUUUUGCUUGCGACACAUGUAGUGGUAUGGCUUACUUGGAGUCCCAGAAGGUGGUCCACCGUGACCUGGCUGCCCGUAAUGUGCUCAUCAGUGAGGAAGGUGUGGCCAAGGUUUGCGACUUCGGCCUGGCCCAGGAAAUGAAGCUGAAACUGGACGGUGGAAAGUUCCCCAUCAAGUGGACAGCACCUGAGGCUCUCAGACAGAGUAAAUUUUCAAACAAAUCUGAUAUGUGGUCUUUUGGAAUUCUUCUGUGGGAGAUUUACUCUUUUGGUAGAGUUCCUUACCCUCGAAUUCCACUAGCAGAUGUGAUGAAACAUGUCGAAAAAGGUUACCGCAUGGAGGCACCUGACCUCUGCCCUCCAGAAGUUUACCAACUUAUGAAGGAUGCAUGGAACGAGAACUGCAAACGUAGACCCACAUUCCAAGAGGCACUCAAACGACUCACACAGCUGCGACAAUCUAACCUGGCAUGACCUAGAGUAGGGGCAUAAAUAUAGUUAAAAUUGGUGCCAAUGCUAGAUCAUGCUAGAGAUUUGAAGUAGUGUCAACUUCAGUGAAGUCAUUUAACAAAUGGAAGAAGAGAUAGAGUGGAGCGUCAGUGCUUGAGGAAUUGUUGCGUUGGUUGGAGGUCGACAUAUCCUGCUCACUCUAGUGGGAAAAGUGUGUUCCCAAAGCUCGAGUGCUUCGUGUUCCUCUGGCAUGUCUGACACAUAGACAGACUGGUGAUGUUACUUCUGUAAUGUGUGUUCAUUACAUGUGUAUAAACGGACAGAAAGAAGAAUGUUACAAAUCAGGUAUUAAGCCCAGGACACCUGAGCAUUUGUCCCUCCAGACUUAACUUUCAAUUUAGUGUCUUUAACUACGUGACAAAUGUCUGAAAUGUUGAUAUGAUGAUUUUUAAUUAUUAUUAUAAUUUUUAUUAUUAUUAUUUUUUGUUUUUUUGUUUUUUAUUUGUCAGUCAUUGAUUUGAGUUUAUUCUAGAGUCCAAGAGAGGGUGUGUAUUUGGUGUCUGUGUUCUGUGUUAAGGGCCGCUUCUGGAGAGGGUGCAACAUUACUGUCUCUCUUCACAAUAGCUUUUUUUUUUUCUUUUUUCUUUUUUUCUUCUUUUUUUUUAUUAUCUAGCUGCGACAAGUGAGCAAUGCCGAAGAUAAAAGGAAAAAAAUGAAUUAAAAAAAAAUAAUCUCCUAAAUAAUUGCUGUAUUUAGAGAUCAUAUAUGUUCCUGUGUAGUGUGAAGCUGGCACUAUGUUAUUAGUAUUUUUGUAAUAUAGUCGAUAUGAUUUUUUUUUUUCCAGAGUAUUAUUUUGAUUUUGUUUUCUCAUUAUAUUGUUUGUUUUCUGUAACUGAUGAAGUUGUAGACUUUUGAAACAGAGUGAAAUUGAAAAGAAAAGAAAAGCCAAACAAAGUGCAGAGACAACAUAGACAUGAAGCUAAUUUUUUUACUGCUGUGCACAUUGUGAUUUUAAAUUUUUCUUUGGUUUUGUUGGGAUAACGUGAUUGAUUAUGUGAUUGUUUUAUCGAAGGCCUUGUUGACUGCUUUCGGGACAAGAGGACUGUAGUUAAUUCCCCUCCCAACCCUCACCACCAAGCCUCAUAUGUGUACUGUGUUAUGGUAGGGGGACGAGAUGAUUAUCAUUAGGCUUGAUUUAGAGUCUUGGCUAAUGUAUAUCCUACUAAACUUGUGGGCUGGUUAUGCCAUUAUUCUUUCUUUUUUCUGUAUCUAACAUGAAGUAAAGUUCAUGUACCACAUGUAAGUGUAAUUAUUGUGUGUAAGAAGUGAGUCAGUGAGUAAAUAUACACAUGACAUGCAUGCUUGGGUGUAAAUCCCAGAUUUCUAUUCUUUUUAAGUAAGACAUACUUUCAGAAAUCAAAAUCAGCACCAUUUCAUGCCAGACUAUGUCAUCAUUCAUACUGCAGUCAAAAGCACUUGAUAACAGCAAAUUGCAGGUGAACACAAUUCAGUAUGGCAGUUCUUUCCAGUCUCAAAUAGCCAGCAUGUGUGAUUCUCUUCGAGGCCUUCCGGAAUUCCCCUUCAUUCUUCAUUGUACUCGUAUCAGUUUCAUCACUGAUAUAUGUUCUCUCUCUUAACUACUUGUGGUAAAAUGGAGUUAUCUGAUACAGCCUACUUGGUAUUAGUGUUAGGGCUCUCAUCUAAGCAAACCAUGAUUUGUCUUUUAACUUUUUUUUUUUCAUGUGUGUGUGUGUGUGUGUGUGCGUAUGCGUAUGUGUAUGCGCAUGUGUAUAUAUAUAUGUGUGGGAGUGAGAGUGAGUGUGACUGCAUGUGCAUAUGUGUGUGUGUGUGUGUGUGUGUGUGUGUGAGUGAGUGAGUGAGUGAGUGAGUGAGUGAGUGAGUGAGUGAGUGAGUGAGUGAGUGAGUGAGUGCGUGCGUGCGUGCAUGCGUGUGCGUGUGUUUGGGUUACCAGCAUGAAUGUUUGUGUGUCUUUGAAACACACCGUUGCACAUACAUGCGAGUACUUAUAUAAAGAAUACAUGAGCUUUGUCCUCGUUAAUCUAUUGUUGGCAGAAUGGCAAGAAUAUAUGCCAUGUUCAUAGAUGGCUCCACAAGUGCUUAAUCACCAAGGAGUCAAUUGCUUGUCCUACCUAGCUCACCUCUUUACCCUUUUCCUUGAUUUCUGAAAAGAUUCUUUUUCAUUUUUUAUUUCUAUAAUUAUUGUAAUUAUUCACAUUAUAAUAAUCAUAAUGUCAACAACAAUAAUAUUAAUAGCAUUACAAAAAUAUAGUUUCCCCAAAAACACAAGGAAAAGGGAAAUCGGCUGAUGGUUCAUAAGCUUACCAAUUACCUCCUUGGAGGCUGAUCAUUUGUGGUGCAUCUAUGUGCAAACAAAAUUCACAAGAAAACAACAGUAGACAGUGAGAUUACCUGGCACCAUUAGGUUAAAAGAGGUCAAGAUGGAAAGAAACAGGAAUAGUUUGUUUGACUGGAGAAGCAAGAAAAAACCUACUUCAUAUUCAUGGAUUGCUUGUACACUUUUAGGAAAUGCAUAGUGGUCAUGAAGUCAUAACAUGGCAUCACUGUACUGUAAUUUUUGUGUCGACUGUCUCCAUUCCCCACCACAAGGAACUUUGGCAAGGAAGGAACCAGCCAAAAUUUAUCUCCUGGGAUUAUCUAUGGUGCUCAUAACAUAUCUUAAGACAUCCCAGUUCCGGUACCUUGGAAUGGGGGUCUCGUAUUUUAACCCUGACAACAGUUCAAACAAAGAAGAAAAUGUAAAACCAAUCAGUCAUCUUCAAUUUUUUUUUUUUUUUUUUUUUUUUUUUUUUUCCCCCCCUUUCUUCAACCAAUGUGAAAUAACAACAACAAUUAUGGAUGAAUUCUAUUUGUUUUGUUAAAGGAAAAAGGAGAAGAAUAGAAAGAAAAAGAGAAAGUAAUGAACCAUUCCUUUUUUUCUUUCAUUUUUAUUUCUUUUUAUUAUAAGGCAUUUAGCCGCAUAUUGAGGAAGAUGCCUUAUCAGUAGGGAUUUGGCUGUGUGUAAAUGCCAUGUCUGUGUUAUUCUGAAGCUUGACCAACUUGGUUGUACCUUUGAUGUUCAGGGUUUGGUCGAUAAAUAACAAUAAAUAACAGUUAAAUGUUUGUUCAAUGUGACCUGUUCAUGGCUGAUGAACUGUAAACAUUUUGUGAUGACAGAAGUUUAUUUGGAUAAAAGAGUAACAGUAUUUCAAAGUUGAUGAUCUUAAGUCUUGAUUGUAACUUAUGGUAUUGAAUAGUAUUGCCACAUGUCAGAUCUCAACAUGAGAACUGUAGAAGGAAUAUUAGUUGAUUUGCAUUUCUUGCAAAUUGGCACCAACACUUACCAUUCAAAAAAAAGAAAAGAAAAAAAAUCUUAUAACUUGAUUAUCUCUUUAAUUCCUAUUGGAUGGAAUUGAUGAAAUAUAUAGGUAUGUGUUUGUUGAUUAUAUUUUUGAUAUGUGAAGAGUAAUGCCAGAUAGACUUCUAGCAUUUAUAGUACUUGCCAUUUACAACUUGGUAAUAAAUGUGGAACUAUAGUAUUUUCAUUAAUAUAUUCUGAAAUGUUUCUUCCAUGGAGAUGUUAUUAUGUCAGACUUUAUGUAACAUUGGUGAUCUUUUUUUUUUCCUCAAGGUUCUCUUCAAUGUACGAGCCUCUAUUACCCAGUAUUUGUGUGUGCUCAAGUGAAUGGAAGGUCUAGAUUUAGUAAGAGGUCAAAGUGCAUCCAGGUUAUUUGUUUUUUGAGCCUGAGGAAGCCCAUCUAAGAGUUCCUUUGAUUCAGGAACCAGUUGGCUGUUAUUUUUAUUUCAUUUUAUUUAUUUAUUUUUUCUUAUUCCAUGUAUUUAUACUUGUAUUUUCGAGGUACUAAUGAAAACCGUUAAUGACAAGAGUUUAUUUAUUUAUUUUGUUUUUUUCCUUUAAUGGAAAUUUUCACUUUAAGAGGUAAAUUUUCCUUUCUUCUCUUUCUACAAGCACUGUUUUAACAGGUAAAUAAAGCUUGUAUAACCUCUAGCUUAGGAAUUAUUCUCCUGGAUGCACUUUCCAUGUGUGAAAAGAAUGCUGUUCUAAAACAGUUAAGUUCUGGACUAGAAAACAUUUUUUAUGGAUUUUUAAGGAAAACUAUUUUUUUUUCUAAUGUUGUAAGAGAACUGGAUUAAUACCACACCAGUGAUGUGCUAUAAGUAGCUAUGAAAGUAGUGGUGUGCUGGUCAUUAGGUUAAGCCAGGUAAGUUUGUAGUUAAAAAAAAAUAACACAAAUUGUAAAAAGAAAGUUUUGGAAAGUGCUGUUUUUGUUAUUUUUUUUCUUCCUUUUUUUUUUAUCUUUUCGUUUUUGGCAAUGAACUGCAGUAGUUCAGUUGUGUAUUCUUUUUUUUAUUUUGAGUUGUAGAUAUUCAAUUGGAGCAAAUUUUUAUUUUUUAACCAGAUCUUUUUAGGGAAACAUCAGUGAAAGCUUAAAAUCACUUCAGCUUACAAAAUGAUUUUUUUUGUGUGUGGCUUUUAUUUAAUUGUUCAUAAAUGGAGAACAAUAAAAGUACUACAUUUUCA